GGGUAAUCACGUGCAAUGUAGUUGGUUUACUGACAGUUAUUUACUAGUUGCCCUGGCGUGGAUACCCGGGGGUGGAUGAGAACCAAUAUGCAAGAAGUCUGGACCGCUGGCGAUACGAGGGAGGGAAUUACGUCAUUGGUGAAUUAUCCAGAAUUCUUCCCAGCAUAUGAUGCAAUCAAACGCCAUGGGUUCAACGCGAUUUCCGGUGCAGAAUGGGCACAAGAUAUUGAGGCAAUUUUAAACAGAUUCUUGAAUGUUGACCGACAUCGAGAUAUAAGAGUUCUUUCAAUUGGAUCUGGUAAUGGUAAUGUGGACGAACCGGUCAUUGACACCCUGGCCAAGAUGACAACUGGCAAAGUGUUGUACUGUGCCAUCGACCCGACAGCGCGUACCUGCAAAAGUUCCGAGAAUUGGCUCUCUCAAGAUCGGACAAUUGGCAAAACGUAGAGAUUGAAUUCAGAGUAGAAUCUAUGGAAGAAUACUCUGACGUAUGGGACAAGCGUCAAAUACAAGACAAGUUCAAUCUAAUUUUUGCAUCCUAUGUUAUCUAUCAUUUCAGAGAUGUGAAAGCAACAUUGGUAAAGAUGGAUGAAAUGUUGGAAACUAAUGGGAUGACGUAUUUUAAGAUUAAUUCUGG